GCCGUACUUACUCCCAGUAUAUAACACACAUAGUUAGAAGGACGGCUGUUGGCUUUUUCUGAGAAGAAAUACUACAUUCAACUUGUCUCGUAGCACGUCUUUGGACUUGCCACCCAGUCUGUAAGUACGAGAAUCACUACAGAAGAUGGCAUCAACCGCCGAGAUCGCCAUUCCGCAGUCUGCAGAAGACAUCGUCCCCUCCUGGGUGCAGCAGGUACUGCAGAAGGACCUCCCGGGCGUCACCAUCACGGACGUCCAUAUCAAAGGAUCCAUCGGCGAUGGAGAAGGAUACAUGAGCGACAUCAUAGCUUUUGAUGCCGUGGGGACCAGGAACGGCACCAGUCAGCGCUACAGUCUCGUCGCCAAACUGACGAACUUUGCCAAGCCGUGGACGUUGUUUGAUCAGUGGUCAAAGGACUUCCAGAUCAGAGCCGAGACGACGGAAGUCAACUUUUACUCAAACGCGGUCCCCGAGUUCCUGAGUGUCGCAGACCCAUGCGCAGAGCAAAAAUCUGGGAAUGAAGAUGACGAAAAUCGCCCUCAUGGUGAUUCCCUGUUCCUCCCAAAAUGCUACUUCGCGGCCACAGACCCGAGCUCCAUGCUGUCCGUCAGGGUAAUGGAAAACCUGAAAGAUCACGGGUUCUCCAUCAAACCCAAAGGGCAACCACUGAGCCGUGAGGAGAUUAUGUUGACAGCCGGGGCCCUGGCGCAGCUGCACGGCCUGUCACAUCGUCUGGAGCUCCGUUCAGGCGUCCAUCUUCCCGAGAAGUACGAUUGGAUCAUGACUGAUUCAGAUAUUAGUGACGUGAUGGAUGUAGCAACCUACCAAUAUCAGACCAACCUGAAGGACUUUGCCGCAGCUUUUCCUGACCAGGCAGACCUUGUAGCUCGGUUGGAGAAAUUCCGCGCCCCGAUCCUCACCUCGGAGGACCCGAGGGUUAAAGUGCUUUGCCAUACUGACUGUUGGAUCAAUAACAUCAUGUUUAAGCAUGCAGGAGACGAGCCCAUUGACGCAAGGCUGGUGGACUGGCAAAGUUCGAUGUACCUGCCGCCAAGCUCUGACCUGGCUCUCCUGUUCGUGUGUAACACCGGUUGGGACGUCUUCCACAACCACAGGGACGACAUACUGGCUCACUAUCACCACAUACUGCAAGAGACCCUGGGUCCAAACGAAUCCAUGGGCCUACAGAGCUACACGCUGGACCAGUUGAAGGCAGACUUCAAAGCCGACUGUCUGUACGGGGUGUUCCAGCGUUUCAUACGCCUGAUGGUUCUGCCUCCAGACACAGAUCUGGUGCGGAUGCUGAAGGAGAUCCAGGGGUGGGAAGUUAUCUAAGACUACGGCCCCAACUGGAAAAAGCGGCCCUGCAGGAAAGUUCUAAUGCUAUUUUUGGACACUUUCGGACAUCACCAGUACAUGCCCUCCCGGGAUACCUUGCGGCUCCCAGGAUAUUUUGGAGCCAGCCACGUAAUAGGUUGUAUUUUAGUAAGCUGGAAUUAAGAUUAACCGGGGACCCGGUAACAAAUAGGAGCCAUAUGCUAUUGACAAAUUUGGGGGCUUUGGGCCCGCUCAGGGAUACAUCGCCGACAUUCCAGAACAUAACAACAGUCAACAGGCGACACUUAAAAUCUAUAAAAGUAACGACAUUAUCUGACAUUAGAUAUGACAAAAUACCAAUAUUAAAGGGAAACAUGUUGUAUUGUACUAUGAUAUACAAUACUGCGGAAUUAUGGCUGACAUAUGUUCUGAACAAUUCUGCAGAACUGCUCAUGUCCAUGGAGACAUCUUAUUGAUCUAGAUGUUCAUAAAUUUGUUAAGAAAUACUUGUAGAUAGUAAUUCAUUUCGUCAAUCUCUUUAGAAAAAAGGUUUUCCGGAUUAACUGUGUCACCUGUUGUAAGUGUUAACAGCUGAUUGCUAUAGCCAAUAACUAGGCCCUCAACAUUGAAUGCUUGUGCUUGUUUGGCGAAGAAAGGAGGGCAAAUUAUCUUGUGGGGAAGAUGUAAACUGUGAUCAUACUGACAUACAGAUUGCUGAAUAUCUUCUUCUUAUGUAUUUUGAUAUAUAAACAAGGUCAUCUAGCUUUAGGAACUUUUGUGCCAUUUAAGAUCAUCUAGCUUUAGGAACUUUUAUGCCAUUUAAGUUAGACUUUGCAAAUAACAUCAAGUCGAAUUUCCCUACUAUGUAGGACAUAAGACUAAAAAAAGUUGCUGAACAAUACAAAAUAUGAUCCCAUUCAUACUAGUAACAUCUAGUAUGUCUGUUUUCGUUAACAACGCAAAGAAUAUUAGAAUUACACAAGAAUAUUACAUAUUGCAAUAACGUCUUAAUUGUUAUUACUGAUAAUGAUAUUGUAAGAAAUGCUAUGUUUACCGUCAGGUUACACUCUAAUAUUAAGUUUGCUAGAUUUAACAACCUAUGUUUCUCUUCUUCGCAAGCUCCGAAGAGAACUAUGUUUUCCGACUAUUUCACAGACAAGUACACACACACAUUUUGGGUCGCGGUUAGGGGGACUUAGUUAAGAACGGGAAUA